CAGUGUGCAAUACUUCAAUCCAGUUUUAGAUGACUAUCAUUAAAUUUGCUUUCUAAUAUAAACGCCUUUCAGAUUCAAACUGCUAUCAAUCGUGGCUGAAGUUCCCUCUAGACAACAAAUAGUAUUAACUACUACAAGACAUUUAUAUUCCGAAAUCAUCAUGAACAAAAUGAUAGCUUUUUUCGUCUUGUGCGCCCUGUCAUCGGUUUUGGCUGCUCCCCUGGAAGGAAGUUCGACUAGAUCUCUACCACCUUUGGACCAUGAAGAGAUUCACGAUGAGUUUGGCCAGUUUGCCUUGCGGUAUGUGACCGCGGAGGGUACCGUGGUGUCGGAGCGCGGUCAUCUCAUCCCCACGCCUGAUGGUGCCAGCUACGUGAUGGUGUAUGAAGGAGAAGUAUCCUACAUCGGCGACGAUGGCAAGAGAUACGUCACGAAGUACACCGCGGGACUGGACGGGUACCACGCAGAGGGUGAUCAUUUACCAGUCGCCCCUGAGGUUCCCGAAGUUCCUAAACCUGAACCUAUCAAAUGAUUUUCUGUAUUUACCCAG